UGUCUGAAUGCCACGUAGCCUUCUAGCUAUUCCCCUUUGACUUGAGUGAGUGCACCGCGACUAGAUAUUCAACACCUCCUGACUUUUUCUUGCAAGGAGAAGGUGGCAGAUGUGAGAGAAACUAUUAAUGAAUGGUCAUCUCAGCUAUGAUGGCAGACCAGCCACCUCCAUUAGAAGCCACACCCAUUUUGAAUGAAGUGCCACUUCUACCUCAUAUGGUCAAUGGGGACACCACACAACAGGUUAUCCUUGUACAAGUAAAUCCUGGAGAGACUUUCACAAUUAGAACUGAAGAUGGACACAUACAAUGUAUCCAAGGUCCAGCACAUGUUCCUAUGAUGUCACCGAACGGUUCUGUGCCUCCCAUAUUUGUGCCUCCUGGCUAUGUAUCUCAGGUGGUGGAAGAAAAUGGAGUCCGGAAGGUUAUCGUUAUGCCACAUUCAACCGAAUUCCAUCCCUCCAUGCAUCCACCUCCCCCCCAUGUGCCCCAUUAUAUGCACCCUCAUCCUGCUUUGCUUCCCCACCCACCUCAUCCAGUUUACCCUCCGGUUCCGGGAACAGGCGAAAUGCCACCACAGUUCAUUCAUCAACACCCACCACCGCCAUCGCCACAUCUUUACCAAGAACAAGAAUCCCGUUCCCACGGCCGAAUAAAUUUUGUUCAGCGAGAUGAAAGGACUCUCAAAAUGCAGGAACAUUUGAAGAAAAGGCUAAAAGACAGACAAGCUUGUGGACAUACAAAUAAUAAAACGAACAGCCCUCCUUCCUCGCCUCAUAAAGUUAAUAAUUCCUCAAGCGCCAACGCUCAGAAUGGACUUGGAAAGGUACAGCCAGGAAUGGGAGGGCCAAUCAAGCCGAAGCAAGCAGGAAAAGCCAGGGGAAGUCCCGCCCCAUCAUCGGAUUCAGGCAUGGGAGAAUCUGACGUGGAAUCUAGAAAAUCUGAAGAGCCCUUAAGCUUCAGUAAGCCUGUAGUAUCAGAAAUCCAGGCGAGGUCAGCAGUCUUAUCCUGGAGUCCCCCUGUUGUCUUGCAAAACGAAGAAGCUCAUAAUCUCUCUCCUGCAGCAUUCACAUUUGAAGUGACGGUCUCGAACAGCGGUAAAAAUGGAAAGUUCAAAUUGGUUUACGUGGGUGAAGACACGACUUUUAUUCUUCCUGAUCUCAGGCCAGCUACUGAUUAUCAUGUUAGAGUUUCAGCCUCCAGUAGUUCCACCAAGGAAACUGUUUCGGAGCUGGCCAGUUUUACUACAGAGACCUGCGAGCCAGAUCCUCCUGCUGCACCAAAAGUAGUCAACAAAUCCAAAAACAGUCUGACAGUCCAGUGGAAGUCCUCCAAUGACAAUGGUUCCAAAGUAACUAACUACCUUUUAGAGUGGGACGAGGGGAAAAACGGCGCGUUCAAGGAAUGCUAUUACGGUCAUCUGAAGCAACACAAAAUAACCAAGCUGACCCCUUCUACAAGAUACAUGUUCAGGGUGGCCGCCAAAAAUGACAUCGGAAUGAGUGGGUUCAGCGAAACCCUGGUGUGUUACACGAUAGGAAUGGUCCCGCCACCCCCUCUGCCGCCUCAGCUGACGGAAGCAGGGGUGGCCUGGUUGUCCCUGAAGUGGAGCCCUCCGAACGGCGUAUCUUCGGACGAUUCCCUGACGUACAUUUUAGAAAUGGAAGAGGAGGGUUCUGAUUAUGGUUUUCAAGCCGCUUAUAAUGGAGAUGAGCUUUCUUGCACUUUAGAAGACCUUAGGAGGAGUACGUCUUAUAAAUUCAGGCUGUUUGCUCACAACACCGAAGGAAAAAGUGGGCCCAGCGAGGUGGUAGAAUUCAGCACAAAUCCUGACAAACCUGGACCUCCGGGUAAACCAGCUGUAAAGGGAAAGAUCCAUCCACAUAAUGUGAAAGUGACCUGGGAUCCACCAAAGGAUAAUGGAGGGUCAGAUAUCUCUACGUAUGUCCUAGAAAUGUCAGAGGCCUCAGCUGGCAGUAUAUGGGAAGCAACCUACAGCGGUUCCGUAAGAGAGCACGUCUGUGCUCAUCUCAAGCCUGGUACGUCUUACAGACUAAGAGUUUACUGCAUUGGAAGAGGAGGCCAAAGUCAGCCGUCAGAUGUACUCACUGUUCAGACAGCAGCUGUUCCUCCUGGGCCAUGUCAGCCUCCAUGUCUGGCCGGCAAAGCCAAGCCUAAGGAAAUCUCUCUUCAGUGGGAACCCCCUUCGGCAGACGGAGGCUCAGAGGUAACCGAGUACAUUGUGGAAAUAGCGCACGGUGAGCUGGAGGAACGGAGGCAAGUGUAUCGCGGCCAGGCAUUAGAAUGCACCAUUAAUGGUCUUCUUCCGGGAAGAACGUACAGCUUCUGGAUUCGAGCAGCCAACAAAGCUGGGCUCGGCCCUUGCUCAGAAAAGGCAGAGGUUUCUACCGCUCCGGGGCCUCCAGAUCCUUGCUGUGUCCCCCAGCUGAUAUGUAAGACAGCUACGUGUGUCGUAGCCUCAUGGGAGGUUCCACUGUGUAACGGUGCCGAAAUUAGUGAAUACAGGCUGGAGUGGGGCCAGGUGGAAGGCUCGAUGCAUAUAAUAUACACGGGCCCUCUUCUGAGCUAUGAAGUGAAAGGGCUGAUGCCUGCAACAACAUACUAUUGCAGAAUACAGGCUGUGAAUCUCGCCGGUGCUGGGUUGUUCGGGGAGACUGGCAUGGUGACGACCCCGGCCUCCGUGCCAGCUGCGGUGGCCGUCUUGCACUUGCUGGAAGAGGACCAGAUGGAGGCCCCCCUUCCUCUCUCGACGUGCCUUGCCCUUCACUGGGAGGAGCCCUGUUGCCACGGGGCGGAGAUCACGGGCUACCACAUAGACUAUGGGGAAAAACAGCUCUUGACCGUCGGCAGAGUUACAAGCCAUGUUCUGGAGAACCUGCAACCCGACACUUUAUACAGAAUCCGCAUUCAGGCCUUCAACAGUCUAGGGGCUGGCCCCUUCAGCCCGACCAUCAAAGCGAAGACCAAGCCUUUGCCACCAGAUCCUCCGCACCUGGAAUGUGUUGUCUUCAGUUACCAGAGCCUUAAACUGAAAUGGGGCGAAGGUUCGAGCCGAGCUGCAAUUGCUAACCCGACGCAUUUCAACUUACAGAUGGAAGAUAGGUUUGGCAGGUUCAUCACCGUCUACAGUGGCCCUUGUCACACCUACAAAGUGCAGAGACUUUGUGAGUCCACCGCUUACUACUUUAGAAUCCAAGCGUGCAACGAUGCGGGUGAAGGAGAAUUUUCAGAAGUUUACUCAUUCACUACAACCAAAUCUCCACCGCCUGCUCUGAAAGCACCCAAAGUCCAUCAGCUGGGAGAGAAUGCCUGUGAGGUCACAUGGGAGCCCUUGCAGCCAAUGAAAGGCGACCCUAUUGUUUACAUUUUACAACUUUCCAGUGGGAGGGAAGUUGAUCAGGUAUACAAGGGACCGGAGGUUUCAUUCCGCUUCACCAACAUUCAGGCCAACUGUGAAUACCGAUUCAGGGCGUGUGCUGGCCGCCAGUAUCAGGACUCCACUGGACCGCAGGAACUGUAUGGGCCGUACAGUCCCAGCACAACGUUCUCAUCUCAGAAGCAAGAGCUUGCCUCUCCGUGCUUGGAGCCCAGUCCCGACCUCACGAAAAGCAGGAGGAAGCCACUCAGUGACGAACAGUUUGCCUUCCUGCUCCUCCUCGUCUUCGCCACGGUGGCCAUCCUGUUUGCGGUGAUCAUUCAGUACUUUGUCAUCAAGUAAGCGGGCAACUUUUCGAGAAUCGACUUCAUUACUCAGCUUAUUAUUUUUCAUAUGGAAAAUUUAUGCCUUGGGUAUUUAUGUAAAUUCCAAGUAAAAAUGCUAGCUGGGAAUGAUUGUAUAAGACGUACAUUUCCAUUUUUUUUGCUGCUGACUAACGGUGAGGCUGGGUAGGUAGAACCUCUCCCCACCACCUCCUCCUCCUCCUUUCUCCAUGGAGGAUGGCAAGAAGGGAGUGGGGAGCAAUGAAGAGACCCCCCCCCAAUUGUGGCACAGCUGUGCAUCUUCUAAUCAGGGUUAGCUGUUCAAAACAGCAAAACAAGCAAGUAAACAACAACAACAACAACAAAAAGCUGCCUUAACAUGCACUUGUGAUUCUCAGAGAGCUUGGCUUCAUUCUCACACAAAGACCUUGAUUCUCCAGUAGAGCAGAGCAAAGCGAAAGGGUAGAGGGGGGAAACCCCAGCCGCUUCAGCCGAAGUCACGACAAGCGUGCGACACAGCAGCAAAGAUACUUCUUAAGCUUAGAACAGUACUGUACUCCAGGACCUUGCUAAAAAGCGUACCGCACCUGACAUAGACCGUCGGCAAAAACGAAACCAAAACAUUAAUCAACUUCCGACUUUAGCGAUAGUGCUGUUUUUAUUUUAUUUUAUUCUAGCUGUUUUUAAUCGUUGGGGUUCUGGGAAUUAAGUCCUUUGAGAGCCAAGCGUAGCAGACAGUGCCAAGCGUUUGUAGAUUUUUUUAAAAAAUCAGAAGUGCUCGUGGCACCCUGAGUUGUCCGCAGACAACGGGCUUUGCAUCGGUCAUGUGACAUGGCGGAAACCCUCCCCAUUCUAUGCUGUACAUUUCUGAACGAGAUGCUUUCUGCCGUUGGCGGCCCGACCCAGAGUUGACUCUCAGUGCUUGAGAGAACGGCAAACGCCCUGUGCUUCUGACUUGAACCGCUGCCGCGCUUUUUUUUUUCAGAGGGGGGG